GCGAUUCCAUCUCGACACACGACCCAACCUUCAUCCCGAUCGCCAACGGUCCUUCGCAAACGAGCGUAAUCGCACGCGCGCGAAAAAAAAGAGAGGGAAGAUAGAUAGAUAGAGAGACAGAGCCCCCCGCGUUUUUUCGUUGACUCCGAUCGUUCGCGUCGAUCGACAGUUCGCGCGAACCGGUGAGAGCCGAGAGAGAAGACAGCAAGAGAAGCCGAAGAGGAGAAAUCGCCGCCCGUGCCCGACGCCGAUUCGUCUGGCAAGAGUUUCUCGUUUACGGAGGAGAGAAAAAGACAUAUCACGAUGAUUAAAUUCACUGUGGCAAUGAUGGUGUGCCUGUUGGGGCUGAAAAUGAUCACUGCUAUGCCGCUGGCCGAUCACCACGAGGGCCACGAGACGCAGCCCUCCAAAGACCACGUUCUACCCGCCCCGAUCGCGUCGCAAGGCUUGAAGUCUGCGGAACCGGCAUCGGACGCUGUGCAGAGCAUCGCGUCCGCGGCGGAACCUGCGGCUAGCCAGCCAGUACAGCCAGCAGCCGAACAGCCUGCCGCGGUCGACGCGCCUGCUGUGAGGAGCAGCGAGUCCGCCAGCGAAGAGACCCGAGAGGUCGAGGCAAAGAAGGAGGAAGCCCUACAGCCGGAACAAACUAAAGCGGUAGUCGAGGAAGCUCAGCUGCAGCCGAAAUCUUCCGAAGAACAAGAAGAGAAGGAAGAGCCGAAAGUGCUGGCCACCGCCGAAGCCGAAAAGAAGCAGGAUCAGGAGUCCCUGAAGGGAGCGGCCUCCGAGGCCAAGGAGUCGGUGCAACCCGCGCCGCAGGAGCAACCGGUCGAGCUUCCGGUUGUGAAGACAGCAGAGGAACCUGUAGCCGUUGAGGGCAAGAGCGCGGAACCGGUGCAACCCGCGGCCGAGAAACCCGUGGCGAUCGAGAAGCGCGCCGACGACAUCCCCUCCGAGAAGAUUGCCAAGGAGGAACCGAAGGAGGAACCGAAGGAGGAACCGAUAGAGGAGAAGAAACUGGAAGAGCCAGCGCCGCUGCCAGCUCUGAAGAAGGAAGAGCCGGAAAUUCCCACAGUUGCCUCCAGCGAGGAGAAGAAGGUUGAGAUUGAGAAGCCAAAGGAAGCCGCCGAAAGCCACAUUCACUCGCUCGCACACGCCAAGGUCGAGGAGAAGCCCGACCGCGUGACCCGCGACGCCGAACAGGCCGCUGUGCCUGUUGCCCGCGAACCAACCCCCGUCGCUCCUCAGGAACCAGCUCAGUCGCAGGAGAAAUCUGUGCUUCCCGCCGAGCUGCCGCAAGCCCCGGUGGAAGCAGUCAAGCCGGCGGAAGAGAAACCGAAGAGCGAGCAAGUGGAGAAGAGCGAGCAGCUGGAGACGGCGCCUGUCGAGCAGUCGAAAAUCAAAUUAGAGGAGCCGUCCCAGAACAAGGAGAAGUUAGCCGAGGUGGUGGCCGAGAAGGAGUCCGAGAAGGAAGCGAAGAGCGCCGAGGCUCCCGUGCAGAAGCAAGCGGAAGUGGCCCAGGAACAGCAACAGCAGGAGCAGCAGGCGGUUCAGGAGUCCAGCCAGAUCAAACGGGACACAGCGGAAGUGGUCGAGCAGCCUCAGGCAAAAUCGGAUCUCCCGGUCGCCGAGGAGCCGCAGCCGAUCCAGCCGGUGCAGCCGGUGCAGCCGGUGCAGGAACCCGCCAAAGAGGUGAAGGAGCGCUCCAGCGAGUCCUCCGAGGAGAAGAUCGCCGACGAGAGCAAGGAGGGCAAGAGCAGCGAGGAGGAGAAGUCCUCCGAGGAGCAGAAGGAAGCCAAACCGGCCGAGGACACUAAGGACAAGCUGCUCCCGGGCGCGGAGCUGCUCCCGAAGCCCGAGCAAUAAAGUCUCGGCGCGAGGAGGGCUGAUCGACGAGUAACCUCAGCAGCGCGGCAGCAACAGCAGCAGCAGCAGCACCAUCUCGAAGAGGAGGAGGACUUCUGCUCUCUCCUUAAGGACCGGGGCGGGCUCGGGUGUCGGCGCCUCCGGCAGCCGAGACGCGAGCUCGUCGCGGGACGAUAAGGAGCGAAAGAAAGAGCGAGAGAAAGAGAGCGUGUGUGUGUGUGUGCUUGAGCGAGCGAAAGCGCGAAAGAAUGCGAGGCAAGGAGAGAAAGCGAACGAGAGAAAGAAAGAAAGAAAGAGAGAGAGAGAGAAAGAGAGACAAGCACGAAAGAGCGACCCCAUCGACCCGAUCGAUCUUCUAGAGUAGGGUUGUUCGAUCUUUACGGCGCACUACGAUCUCGGUGGCGCAUCUCCCACGGGGAGCACGGCACGACCGCGUGUCGCCGGAUACCGUCGGCGGCGUCCACCUGCGAGCGACGUGACACUCGUAUCGAUCGUACCUUCGAUACGCGGUGAUCGCGCACCCGCGCGACCCGGCGAUGAGAAACGGCGUACACGCGGUGGUUCCGCGGGAUGCCCAGCACCGAGUGGCGUUCCCGUUCGUCCCGGUGGACACGGAGACGAGCUCCGAUCUGUCCGCGGGGACGAACUCCGUCCCCCCCCUCUUCCCCCUACCGAUCGAUAAUCUCGCAUCCCCCUUAUGGACUCCCCAUUCCCCCCCCCCCUCCCACUCCCCCUACGUCUUAUUUGAGAAUUGACGCACUACUGCAAACAGCACCCACAAGCCCAUCCUGAUAAACUAUAUAGUAAGUAGCUCGACUCUGUCUUCUUUUUAGAAAUACAUGUGUCAUUAUUAUUAUUAUUACGAUUUAGUACCAGUACCACUAUUAUUAUUAAUAUUAUUAUUUGUAUUAUUGCUUCAUCAUCGUUAUAAUAAUAAUUAUUAUUAUUACUGUGAAUCCUGACGGCCUCGUUUACUCCGUCUCACCGCACCAACCGCCCAUCCACAGACUGCUUCGACUUCGAUCAGGCCUCGAAUUUCGUCGCUCGGAAUUUACUGGCGUAUUUAAACUUGACAUGUAGAACUACAGAUUUUCGAAGAGGAAAAGAUCUUACAUAUGUGACAGUAAUUGCCAUUAGAAAUUCUGCUCGGCUCUUGUAUGAGCGAAUCCUCACCGACGUCUUUCAAUUCAUACAAGUGCCUUUAAAUUGAGACGCGCGUUUGAUUAAAAUAAAAUAACUUCUAAUCUAUAAGAUAUAAAAUGUAUAAAACAUGGAACAGGGUUGCAAGUUAAAAAUAUUGCACUAAACACUCAGGUGUUCAAACAAGAAUAAUAAAUCUCUGAAAAUCCUAUGUGGUACGCAAUACUGUAAUCACAAAACUUUCUGUCA